UAUUGCAUACAUUAAAAACACCAGGUAUCAAGAACAAUGCAUAAAUGCGACUCACGGCAGCCCGCCUUUCCCCCGAAACCCCAUGCUCGUGGCCCUGAGUCGUGCGAAUUGGCAACCUCCGAACUUGCAACUUCUCACGACGGGAGUGAUGUGGUUGAAAUACACACACGCCGCCGCGCUCCCAGUCUGGCCGGCACGUGGGGCGGCGCACCGACGGCGCGGAUUCCACGAUGCACGUUGGAUACGAAGGCGGAUGUGGAUCAGCAGCCAGCUUCACAGGUGGGGACGCGGGCACGUGCAACGGCGGACGGCGGGGGAUCCCUGGAGCAGGAUCUGCUGUUGCUGGGUUACGACGAGGAGCGGAGAUUGGGAAAGAGCGAGGAGCCGACCAGGCGUGUGUUGCUGCGGGUUUGGCGGUGCAGGCGGUCAGCAUACGGGACGGUGCAUGUGCAGGGACGGUGGUGCAAGCAAAAACUCCAUUGACCGAACCCAGAGCAGAGCGACAGCGAGCGAGUGUUGUCCAGAUGCGGUGACAGCGAGGAUUGGAAACAAGCACAUAUUAGAAAGAUCCUACCAUUGCUGCUCAAUCUCGACCCGCACGCUCCGAGAAAAUAACCCCAUCAUAGACUGCCCCAAGAUGAUGUACUACUUCCAAACAAGAAAGAUCCAGCGCAGUAACGCCUCGAACAGGUGCCGUGGAAGAAAUGGCUCUAACUAGCCAGGACAGGACGAUUGAUCAUCUUCCGUCACACCCAUGAUUCACAUGCGGUUCGCCCUCAAUUAACACAUCGUGUGCCUGUGGCGGCUUGUCCGUUGACACGUCCUCGACUCAUCUACAAGACUGUGCACUUGGACUUCUUCUUCUCUUUCCGGGUGAGCAGGGCCGCCCGUGUGGCGUGCUCAAACACCUCUCGGACGCCCUCGUUGGUCUUUGCCGAGCACUCGAGGUACUUCUGGGCACCAAUCUUCUUGCGGACAUCCUCGGCCUGCACGUGGUUAGUGGAUGACAGGGCGGGCGCAAGGGUGAACUGACCUGCUCGGGGGUUACAGGCUUCUGGGAAGUCUUGUGCAGCUCCUCGAUGGUCUUCUGGUCGAAGCGCAGAUCCUUCUUGCAGCCGACGAGGAUGAUGGGCAGGCCCUGGCAGAAGUGCAGAACCUCGGAGAUCCACUA